CCCAUUUCCUUUCGUUAUGGCCACCCGGGAGGCAAGUCGUCAUUAGCAGUCAAGAUUGCAAACAUUCAACUUCAGCGCACACGAAUCAACACAGGUUAAAUUCAUCAAGGUCUUCUAGGUGCUUCAAGGAUUGUGAUAGUAUUUCCACCAGGGAUACAUCAUGAAAGGAGCGCUGUUUGUGACAAUGUGUUUUUCCUUCAUCGCGAAAAUAUUUACGACAAUUGAACCGAAUGAACGGCAUAAAUGCGACACGAUUCGUGGUCAAAGAACACGAAGAUAUGAUCAUGAAAUAUUUCCUAGACGAGUGAACGUUGGAAGCAAGCAUGGAAGGGCUAUAGAGUUUGAGAACGGUGCUGCAAUAGUUUAUCCUAGAUUUAGAAACCCAUUACGACAAUUCUCUGUAGAUUUUUGGAUGAAACCCGAAGGUGGACAGAGCAAUCGCGCUAUAAUUAUACAUGCGUACGAUAAGUGCUCCGCGGAACACGAAUCUCGAGGAUGGUCAAUAGAUCUACGCGAGGCAGCGGUCAAGAGCGAUUUACGAGUGGCUUUUAGCUUGCACGUAGCAAGUUCCCAUAGCAAGACAACGAUCAUAUCGCAUUCAAAAGUGCAAGCACUACGUUGGUACCAUAUUGCAGCUACAUACGAUGGCACACGUAUGAAGCUGUAUGUAAACCAGGCCAAGAUUGCUGUUGGACACGGUCAAAAAGGAAUGAUAUUUGAUACAAGCUCACAAGGUCAUGAAUGCGAUCUCCUGGAGGUUGGAGGUGACGUACGGCGUGGCUGGUAUUAUCGUGGGCAGAUUGAUAAUUUACGUGUGUGGAACGAGGCAAUCUCGCAUAGAAAAGUAACGGAAAGAUUGCCUGAGAGUUCAGUUAAUAGUAUCAACCAAAUAAUUACAAUUAAUGACGAUUUCGAUGAUGAAAAUGACCCAAUUCGAAAAAGAGCGACAAAGAAAUUGCUGCAUUUCGUUCGUUCUACGGUACCAGAUAGUGAAAAUGAUUUAUCGAUCAAGAAACCGCCUUGUGGUAAGACAAUAUGCGAUAAUCCAGAGGUGAUAAAAAGCUACGAUCGUCAAGUUGAGGGUAAAACCAUUAAGCAUCUUCGCAUGAGGUUCAUUAAUGUCAUGGACGAUCAUGGAAAAAAAGCGAUGCUACAAACGUCGAAAAUUGCAUCUCAGUUCAAUCUAACGCGGGAGGCUUUCGAGAUUUACAACAUUUCUUGGAGUAUGGAGAUAAAGGAAGUGCGAAGCACACGGUUGCUAAAUACAUUUGUCCUCCACAAUUGCGAAUUGACAGAUAUUGGAAAUAAAUUUUGCGAUCGGAAGUGCCGUCACAAGUCAACUGCAUGGGAUGGUGGUGAUUGUAUACCUUUGGAAUGUUCAAGGCGUACAAAAAUAGGUGAUGGGGUAUGCCAUCCCGAAUGUAACGGCAGAAAAUACCGUUACGAUGGCGGUGAUUGUUGUACACCUACCUCUAACCAUCACUGUGCAGACCCAACUUCAGAGCACAGACGAUAUCUGACAGUAGAAGAAUAUAAACGUAAAAUUGGCAUCACUAACAAGGAUGCGCUCAAUGUUUACGUGGUUCGCUUUAUCGACGAGAAGUUAGAAGGUGUUGCAACCAUGCCAUGGGAUAAAUCAAUUCACACAGAAUUGGGAGGAAUAACACUUCCACUUAAGAACUUUGGAAAAACUGAGGUUUUGAUUCAUGAAAUAGGUCACGUUCUUGGCUUAUGGCAUAUACAUCAUGGAAGUGUGUCUGAGAUGGCUUGUUCAAAUGAUUGCUUCGAGACGUUUCCAUCUCUAGAAUUAGGAGACCUGUGUUCGGAUACGAAACCUACCAUUCAGCAUACUUCAUGUAGUGAUCCUGUGGUCACCAAAGAGAACUCCUGUGGAUUUUCCAUAUAUACAAAUACGUCCUACACAAACUACAUGAGCUAUGCAGAUGAUUCGUGUACAAAUCAUUUCACGCCCCAGCAGGUCGCGAGGAUGCAUUGCUAUAUUGAUUUGGAUUUCCAGUCUUGGCAAGCCGAACCAAAACCCUCCUUUAUCUCCCUGCCACCUUGGAUCAUUCAGGCGGAGAACAACAUAGUCAAGUUGUCAUGGUUACCUCCUCUCGGAGCAGGAGGUGAAAAUGCAAAGAAUCUCUGUAACGAAUGCGAUGAUGAUAAGGUUUUACAGCAGUAUGCAGUAACAGCUUUAAGCUCUCUCAAAAGCUACAGAGAACCACACGAAGCAAUCGGUCCACCUGACGCCGAGCAAUGUAGUCCAUCGCCAUUAGCGUGGCUAGCUGAUGAGGUUACAGCGUAUGAAUGUAUGGAUUGUGAAAUUUAUCUGGAAGUUGGAUUCAAACAAGCUGUAGUGCCACAACUUAUUACAAUAUGGACGCCCUGUUCGUCUAACGAUCGUGAGACUUUUAAGAACAUUGUCCUUCUUCAUGUUGAUGGUACUGAAAAGUCCAUUGGUGGCGGUACUGCACAGUGUGAUUCACCAUAUACUAAACCAAUUUAUGUCGAGAAGAAAGUCGCAAGCGUUCGUAUUUAUGUUUCAGAUAUGUCAGUUUGUAUUGAUGCAGUAAAACUGACGUCUGGAAUCGGUCAUCCAAAUUGCUCAAAAUGUUUACCACUGCGAUAUGUUGUAGAAAGAAAUCCACCGUUUGAUAGCGAAAUAGUUGUCCCAACAGCACAUUUUGAAGAUAAAACGAUUAACCCCAUGGUACGCUACGAAUACAGAGUGAAAGCGGUUUCCCACGAAAAUGAGUCGGGACCUUUUUCUCCACCCCUCAUCUACGAAUCAAAACGUGGAUUUUGCGGGGAUGGAAAAAUUGACGACGGUGAAAAUUGUGACGAUGGAAAUAUUCGUGACGGAGAUGGCUGUAACAUAAAAUGUCAAAUGGAAGACGUGUUUAUGUGUGAUGGUCGCCCCAGUCUUUGCUAUCGACACGAUGGUGAUGGCGUUUGUGAAGAUUUUGAGAAAAGAACAAGCUUUAAGGACUGCGGGUUUUUUGUACCAGAAGGGUUUGAAGAUCAGUGGGCUCAUCGUGCUCAAGGAACUUUGGAAUACAAACACAACUGCGAUAUUUCUGGUUCACCUAAAUCCGACCUGAAAUGUGAAUCACCUGAUGACACAUAUCAUCUCAACGUGCCCUGUAGCAAAGAUUGGGCCCAGUUGACAAAGUCGGAGUCUAAUGAAAAGUCGUUUCUCACGGUUUAUUUCAAAACACCAGCCGUUGCCUCAGCUGUCGUUGUCUACAUCGAAAGCAUUCAGAACUAUUAUCUCGGUGAUUUCCCAUUGAUCAAUUUCCAUCUAUACGGUGAGAAUCCUGGUGAAAAGAUUUCUCUUGAACAUCCAAUUACUAAAUACUGCAAAGAGAAUCCAGUUAUUGUUCCAAUUCAUCACGAUAUGACGAAACCCUUUUUCAAGACGCAUUUUAUGCAAAUGAAAUUUAAAGACUCAUUGAAGAUUGCAGGGGUUGCACUUCGAUCGCCGAAAUAUUUUGAUCCUGUGGAAUUGCAGCUUUGCAAAAGUUCACAACUCUUUAAUCCUAGCACGCAACAAUGCCAUGAAUAUGACUGCAAAUUGCCCAGGUGUCCAAAACUGAUGAUGAAAAACGUAAUACAAAUCAAAGGCAAAUGCAAAAAGGGCGGCGUGGACGGGGACAAGUGCACGGUAGAGUGUAAUGAAGGUUUCAAUCCAGAUAUACCAUUUGAGAUCAUUUGCCUUGGUGGGAAGUGGCUUGUCAAUGGCAAAACACCGAAAUGCAUGCCGGUAGAUUGUGGUCUGCCAAAAAUAGAAAAUGCACAGAUAAAUUGUCCUAGUGGCCAAACAUUUACAAAAAAAUGCACGUACACUUGUGAAAAGGAUUCAAAACCAAGUGGAAGUGCAACUGAGCUCUCCGUUACUUGUGAAGCUGACGGCAGUUGGUCACCAGUAACAUCAUUUUGCCGAAAGACGUGCCUGCUUAAAAAACCACCAUUGCAUUCAAAACUUCUACCUCAAGCGAAGACAUGUACCAAAGGAAAGCGGUUUAUGGCUGGAGAAUCGUGUAAAUACCGUUGUAAGCCAGGCUACAGGCCGUCAACCCUUUACCACAAUGAAAAGAAUGCCAAGGGCGAUUUUGUUCAACGCUGUUUAAAAGAUGGAAAAUGGUCGCGCUGGCGUUGCGAGAAAAUCACGUGUAAUGUCCCGAACAAAAAAUUGUUCCGAUGGUACCAAUGUACCCAUGGUAACGUAGACGGUAGUACUUGCAGACUUCCGUGUCACGAAAAGGUUUAUGUUGUGAAAUGUGGAAGAGAUGGUCGAUGGAAUGAUACAUUUCAGACAUGCGCAACAAAAGGAUUUUGCCCACCUUUAGUGAAGACUGCUAAUGUCGUAAAUGUCGUACCAAGGAAAAUUUGCGACAAAGCGAGGCCUGGAGACAAAUGUAGCGUUAGGUGUAAAAAUGGAAAAACACCAGUGGUGGGGCUUUCAAAUGAUGUAAUCGAGUCGAUGGAAUGUUCGCCUUUGUUAAGAUGGCAUCCAAAUAUAAGCGAGAUAAGAUGCACAUGCAACCAGGAUAGCCUUGGUGAUAAUAUUUGUGAUGGUGGCAAUAAUAAUGAAGAUUGUAAUUAUGACAAGGGUGACUGCUGUGGACCACACAGGGAUAUAAGUACUUGUGAGGAAAACUGUGACUGUCUUGAUCCGAUGUCACCAUAUUUUGGUCGUUCCAGUGGUGACGGAAGAAACGAUGGAAGUUUCUCUAGUUAGCAUACCGAUCUUGAAUCUAAGCAAAGUUGGGCAAUUGGAGAUUUUCCGGAAUUGUGGAUGUCUUCAGUACUCAAGAACGACUUUGUGGAGGAAAGCCUUCAAAAAUCUUCAUGUUAGCCACCAAAACAACUUUAUACCUACUUCUAUUUAUUCUAAAUUGUAAUAACUGAUGAACGACUAAAGUUUCAUUUCAUUAUGUGCAUAAAAACUCAAUCUGAAACUACAUAUGUAUUAUGAUCAAAAUAUAAACAUGGGAAAAGAAAA